AUGAGUUUGUCUAGUGAAGCAAAAAAACGUCUUUGUGAAUCAUUACAGCAACAGUGCUUAAAUCAAAAGUCAGCUGAAUAUAAUAAAGCAAAACAGCUUUUUAUGGGGGUGACUCUAAAAGGUUAUGGCCAUACUGAUAAAAAUGAUACUACACUUUUAGAUGCGUAUCAACUUGAAGAAAUUUCUGAUGAAUAUAUAAUUCGGGUAGCAGGGCAGAGUUUUACAGUUGUCGAUCACCCAUUCGAAGUUUAUGAAUUACCCAAUGCUCAUGAGUGCAUUGAUGGGAAUCUGCCUCUUCGUCUAGUUCUGGAUAUUAAUGCGAGACAAAAGCUCGAUCCUAUGAAUCCUGAACUUCCUUCUUUAGAUGGAAGUAAAAUUUCUCGUGAAGAUUUAUUAUCUAGAAUCUUAAUUGCCUGCGCCGAUAUUGUAUACUCAGAUUUAAAAUAUCUUAUAACUCUAAAUGCUUUUGUCUUAGCUA